AUGUUCCUAGGCGACGCGGUGAGGCCUUUGCUCAAGGGGAUAGACGUCAACCAGGCACCGGCGGUCAACCGGACGCCAGAUUUGGAGGAGGAAGAGGCCGGCCUGUCUUCCCCAAACAGCACCGUCUCCAGCGUCGUCAGCGGCGGCGCCGGGGGCAAGAGGGGCGAGAGGGAGGAACACCUUGCCGGCCGUCGGCCCAACAGCAGCAGCAGCAAUGGCGAGGAGAACGACCUGGCUCGGGUCUUCACCCGAGGGAUCAGCGACGAGGAAGACGGCGGCGACGGCUCUAGGAAGAAGCUCCGCCUCUCGAAGGAGCAGUCCGCCGUCCUCGAGGAGAGCUUCAAGGAGCACAACACCCUCAACCCUGUAAGUAUGGGCACUCUGGGAACACAAAAAUGGGACGUUUUAGUAAAAUAAAUGAGACUCCCUCUCUCUCUCUUCCCCCCCUCUCCCUCUCUCUCUUCUGACUCUCGCUGCCGUUGUGUCGUCUUCUCUAAACGGACAGAAGCAGAAGAUGGCGCUGGCCAAGCAGCUCAACCUGCGGCCGCGACAGGUGGAGGUGUGGUUCCAGAACCGACGGGCGAGGUGGGUAAAAAUGGGAGGCUCUUCUUCUCCCCUUGCCAGAGGGUGAGGCGGCUUCUAUCACGAAAAGAGAUGGAAGAAGUCGUGAGGUGACGACGUUCGGUGGUUCAUGUGGGCAGGACGAAGCUGAAGCAGACGGAGGUGGACUGCGAGUUCCUGAAGAGGUGCUGCGAGAAUCUGACGGAGGAGAACCGGCGGCUGCAGAAGGAGGUGCAUGAGCUGCGGGCUCUCAAGCUCUCCCCGCAGUUCUACAUGCACAUGACCCCGCCUACCACCCUCACCAUGUGUCCCUCCUGCGAGCGCGUCGCCGUCUCAUCCUCCUCCUCCUCCUCCUCCGGCGGCCCAGUCUCCGCAGUCGUCCCCUCGGCCCCGCCGGCAGCUGAUAACCUCGGUGACAACGCUGGUGGCGGCCUCGCCCACCAUUAUCCGCAGCAGCCCCUGCAGCAGCACCACCAUCUUCAUCACAAACCGACGCCCCGCCACCUCCUCCCAGCCCCCCACAUGCCGAUUCCCAUGCCGAUUCCCGCAGCCGGCGGCGCACAGUCGCGACCUUGGCCGCCGACCCCCCUCCGUUCGUGA